AUGAGGGAGGCUGGAGGGAACUGCCAGUCAGCCUGCUACCUGCCGCUGAUCCUGCCUGCUACCUGCCGCUGGUCCUGCCUGCUACCUGCCGCUGAUCCUGCCUGCUACCUGCCGCUGAUCCUGCCUGCUACCUGCCGCUGGUCCUGCCUGCUACCUGCCGCUGAUCCUGCCUGCUACCUGCCGCUGGUCCUGCCUGCUACCUGCCGCUGGUCCUGCCUGCUACCUGCCGCUGAUCCUGCCUGCUACCUGCCGCUGGUCCUGCCUGCUACCUGCCGCUGGUCCUGCCUGCUACCUGCCGCUGAUCCUGCCUGCUACCUGCCGCUGAUCCUGCCUGCUACCUGCCGCUGGUCCUGCCUGCUACCUGCCGCUGGUCCUGCCUGCUACCUGCCGCUGAUCCUGCCUGCUACCUGCCGCUGGUCCUGCCUGCUACCUGCCGCUGAUCCUGCCUGCUACCUGCCGCUGGUCCUGCCUGCUACCUGCCGCUGA